UAUUCAAUUUUUAUAUUAGGAACAAAAGGUGACAAAAUGAGAAUUAUAAAUUAAGUUUCCGCAAUAAAAAAAAAAGUUGGUGGAAGUGAUUUAAGAUGAGUAGAUCGUGAUUUUUUGAAUUGGUGGCAAUAGAGCACUUCCUCUCCGCUUCGCGUUCGAGGUGUGCAAAAUCACAUCGUUUUGUUUAAAAAUGAUACUUACCUGCACUUAUUGGUAUGACACGACAUGCAGUGGUCGAACUAUAAACUAAUAUUGAUUAUAAAACAGAGUACGUUUUUUUGGCAGCAUGCUUUCAUAGUGAGUGUACGCAUGUACAUUUUAUACGUGAACUGUAUGUUUUAAGUGUUAAGAAAAAAAUAAAAACAUAUUCGCUACAACUUUUUUUAUUAAUUUCUCAAAAAAUUAGUAUUAUUAUGAACAGUAUUGUUUUCAGUAUUCAUACAUGAAUAAGUUAUGUGACCACUGAUUAUUUUAAAUCAAUUAUUCAUCUAAUGGAAAAAGUAAAAAAUCUCUUCAAAGAGUAAUCGAAGCUGGUGAUUUUGAAUUGUUAAUUUACACUAAAAGGAGUUUUUCUUGUCCGCAUUAAAAUAAUUAAGAUGGGAACGAAAUCGCGCCAAAAAAAGUCCUCUCUUUCACGAGGGUAUUCAACCACAUCUACGACAAUGUUAUUCGAUGACGACCCGGGGAUUAUGUCUGAGGUUGAAACUUCUUGUACCGGAUUUCGACGGGGUGGUAAACAAAGAAGUAGUUUACCAGUUGUUCGAACACCUAGUAAAACUCUUGAGCGACCAUUAGGAUUAGUCUUCCUCCAAUUUAGAAAGGAAACCAAAAGAGCUCUAUUACCAAACGAAAUAACAAGUAUAGACACUGUAAGAGCCCUUUUCGUCAGAAGUUUUCCUCAGCAACUUUCGAUGGAAUACCUUGACAGUCCUGACGUGAAAGUAUACAUUCAUGACAGUAAUAAAGAUAUGUUCUAUGAGCUCGAAGAUCAUAGGUCACAUUUGAGAGAUAUCAGAGAUCGAAGUGUUCUUCGAGUCAUUGAAAAAUCAGAUGGAAUCACUGGUCUCUCUACUAAUUUAGGACCUAUAACCAGUGGUGUAUCUAGUGUUUCUUCGAAUUGGGAAGAUCAAAGCUACUUCAGUGAGCCAGAGUUUGAUAGCGAGUUUCAACACCAACACAUUCACAAAAGUAAAACUACUAAAAGCUCAUCUGGCAACUACUAUCUUGAAAGUAGCAGUACUUUACCAAGAAGCGGACCAAUGCUUAGAUCUUACAGUCCAGUGUCACCAGGACUUCCCGGUUUGAAUGCAACCUCAACUCAAGCAAAUAUAUUAUCUACAUCAGAUCGGUCUCAUGGCGAAAGCGGUUAUAUGAGUAGUCCAGAAAGGAGCAAUACCAUCGGAUCCAGUACUGGCAGAUAUUCUGGUGUAUCUUACAGCACAGGAAAUAGUUAUGAAGAACCUUAUUAUUCACAGUAUUCGGGAACGGUUACUCCUAUAAUUGAUGAGGAAGCAAGACUCAGAGUCGAGCACAUGGAGAGACAGCUUGCAAACUUAACUGGGCUCGUACAGAAAGCUCUCACUCAAAGUCCUCAUAGUGGCCCAAUACAAGAUUAUUUACAGGUCUCAACAGAAUGUGACCUCUACUCGAAAAGUUCAGGUGCUGAAGAUGAAUUCGACAAACACUCCAGCUCCAGUUCAGCUUCGUUGCCAGAUGACUCGUGCUCGAAACCCAAUGAAAAGCCACCAAAACUAGGAAAAGAUAAAUCGGUCUCCUUUGAGAAAUCAGUAUCUUUCAGUGAUGAACCUCCAGAUAUGAACUCGCCAAAGCAGCAUUCUCCACAACAUACAGCGGAUACAAAACCUACAAAACCAGCGAUAAAAUCAUCAACUCUACCUCGGAUGUCUUCUCAAGACAAGAGUAGAAAUAAACCAUCUCUGCCACCAAAGCCGAUGGCGCUUACAACUGGAUCCUACGUUUACAGAGACUUAGCACUUACACCUGAAAUGUACAAUCAACUAAGAGGUUUACAAAAAAAAGCAAAAGAUUUACGUCAUGAAGUUAGAAAUUUACGUAGAAUGUCUCAGGCUCAAGCACAUACUGUUCGAGAAACUAUCAAAGAUACUUUCAUCACUAUACGCACUAUGAUACUAUCUGGAGAAGAUGCAACCUGGGCUACUGGUGAUACUGAAAAUAUUAAAUUGAAACGAGAAGAAGAUCUAUACAAGCAAGAAAUGGUGAGAUUGGAAAAUGACCUUACUGAGUUGGAAAGUACGGUUGAAGAUUUACGAGGAAACGUUAUAAAUAGGAAAACUCGAGUGAAUAUGUGUGACGUAGAAAAUAUGGCCUUGAUUUUAAGUAAAUCCAGUAAAACUGUAGCUGAUUUAAAAACACGCUUUCCAAGCUUACAAGAAAAUCUUAAAGGCCUAUUAAGUUCAGAAAUGGAAAAAAUAGUGCAUGAAGAAAAGUUUCUCAAAGAAGAACCGGAGAGGCUCGAAUUCGCUUUGCGACGAUGUAAGAAACUGACGGGUACACUCGUCACACUUAAACGUCUAGCAUCAGUGCAGGAGCAACGAUUACCAGUUAUAUCAAAUGUUGAGCCUGAAGAAACACCAUCUGUUACAUCUGCCACAGUUCAGCAUUCUAAGAUUGCGAGUGCUAAAAAGUCAAGUUUAACAAUUGAAGGGCUUGGAGACUCCAAUUCGAUCAAAAACAUCAGUGACCUUCUGCUCAUUUUAUUUUUUUUUUAUCGCAAAAAAAAAUUGUAUAAAACAACUGCCCCUCUGUCGGAACAGAAGAUGGAUUCGUCGGGCAUCAUCAGGGGAGCGUCCCAUUCUAAGUUUUCCAUCCUCAACCAGCAGCGUUCGGAGAACACACUCGACGCUCUGUUAGAUGAGCUGCAAACCUAUUCAAGACCAUCAUCACAAUUGAGUCAAGUUUCAAGUGUGGGUCAACAAAUUGAAUACCUGCCGAAUUCUCAGAUUGUUUCCAAAUGCUCACCAGUUAUUAAGCUUAAUCACAUAAUGGAUAUUAACAGAAAAAAAAGUGUAGAUUCUCUGAGUUGUUUAACAGUAAUGACGCCAAACUCUACCAGUACACUUCGAAGACUUCACUCUUAUCCAUCUGGUUCUGACACUGACAUUUCCCCUCCUUCGACAAAAAUCGAUAGACUUGAGACUAUAAACUCACUUCAAAAACCACCAAUACCAGAAAGAAAUGUCGAAUUAUUACAACUAGCUACUCUGAAACGAACCCCUCCACCACCACCUCCUAGAACUAGCUCAAAAUCGCCAUUAACGAGUCCUACGAGUCCUCAGUUACCCCCGAGAAAUUCCACAAGUUCCUUAUGCAGAAUUCGUCAUGCUAACAAAAUAACUGAACUUACCACAGAUAUCACAUCUCAUCAUCUACUUCAAGAACCAACACUUCACAUAAUUCAAGUUAAUAAUGGACACUCUGCAUCUGAUUCUAGCUCGUGUGAAAGUAUUAACUCACAAGAUGGUUCACAAAAUAAGAAAGAUCGUCAGGAUCAACUUGAACUGCGUCAUAAAGAGCUUUUACAGAAACAAAAAACUCUUCAAGAACAAUAUGCUCGAUUACAACAGCUUCAAAGAAAUACUGCCGGUUUGGCAGCAACACCUGUAGACCAACCCGAUCUUUUAAAAAAAACUGGGUCUGAAAGUAAUAUCCUAGCAAAAAUGGGCCUUGGAAUGAGCGCUACUAAUUCUGGAUCGUUAACUAGCCUUGCAUCUAAAGGUUAUACAGAAGCGUUAUCAUCGUCUAGAAUUGAAUCACAAAAUUCUAAUGCAACAUCUGCUAUAGAGGAUCAUACGUCAAACAGUAAGAUUUAUGAGACGGAUAUCCUGUGACCAAUGAUCAAAAUCUGUAGACAAAUUGAUAACCUUAAUCUCUAUUUAUUAAUAUAUUUUGAAAUUAGUUAAAAUUGCAUCUAAUAAACGACUGUCAAAAUUUAAAUUAAUCACAAAUAUCAUAUUAUGAUAAGGGUUAAUGAAACAGUAUUCAUUAACAUGCGAGGAUCCGAUUACAUAUUAAUGUAAAAUAUUUUUCUGAUUAGUAUUUGAUUUUAUCAACAAAUAAAAUGUUCAAUUUAAGUUUUUUUAUACUGCUUUCAAUUGCUGUAGAACAAUAUGUUUUAUUAAUUAUGAAAUAACCUGAAUAUUCAUGUAAUUUAAUUACAUGAACAUUUCUGGUUUCUGUCAUGAAAAAUAGCAAUUAUUUAUUAUGUUUUUGUAAAUCCUAAAAAUUUAGUUUCAAAUUGUUUAAAAUUAUCACUAAUAAACAAAGAAAAAAACGUUACUAUAUACAAAUACAUUUAACACUCAAUAUUCAAGUUGUCUUGAAUAUUAUGUCAUUCUAGAAUUCAAAUAAUUCCAAAGGUGUACAUGCUACGUAAUUAAAUAGCACUUUUUCUAUUAUAAAUUUCAAUAUGGUACGAUAUGUAUGCAAUGAUCAAGCACAAUAUUAAUAUUCAUCAAAUCUUCAGUAUUCCAUAACUUAAAAUGUGACAAAAUGUAAGUUUGAAAUAAAGAAAGUAAUUCAAUAAAAGUAAUGGAAAUU